AUGGCUUCAACUACUGAAACUAAUACCGCUUCCAAUAUGACAUCAAAAGUGACUGGAUAUUUCAAAGAAAAUUUUCCUGCCAUGACAUCUAAAGUUGAUUACGGUGUUGAAAGAGCGAGAAGUAUUGCAACCGACGUUUCUUCGGACAUUCAAAAAACUGCGGCGAAUAAUAAUGUGAAUUCCUUUUUACCUUCGGAUGCUGCUUCUGAAGUUCAAAAGGCUGUUAAAAUUUUAAAUAGCUUUACGGAUCCUGAAAAAGCUGAAGGUGGUUUGGAUAGUGUUAUUCCCAAGGAUGUUAUUGCUGAUGCCAAAGGUCUAGCAAUCUUUACUGUUAUCAAGGCUGGCUUCGUUUGGUCCGGUCGUGUCGGUUCCGGCUUAGUUGUCGCAAAACUUUCCGAUGGAAAGUGGUCUUGUCCAUCAUUGAUAAACAUCGGUGGUUUGGGAUUUGGUGCACAACUUGGUGCCGAUGUAACCAAUUUUUUGAUCGUUCUUAAUUCCGAAGAAGCUGUAAAAGCUUUCUGUCGUGGAGAAAAUCUUACCUUGGGAGGAAACUUGUCGGUUUCAGCAGGUCCCGUUGGAUUUGGUCAAGAAUAUUCCGGUUCCUUAUAUGAACGUGCGCCUCUCUACUCAUACAGUAAAUCAAAGGGUCUCUUUGCUGGCGUAUCAGUUGAAGGUACAAUAAUUAUCGAACGAAAGGAUGCCAACAAAGAGUUCUAUGGUGAUGAUGUGUCCGUUGAAGAUCUCUUAACUGGUAGAUUUAAAGGCGGUAGAGAUCAAAAUCAUACUCUUGAUGUGUUAUAUGAUUCCAUUAAGAAAGCCGAGGAAAGAAAUAAUUAA